AAUGUGGGUUGGCGCAUGCGCAGUGCUGUUGAGAAGCACAUAUCGAUGGGUAGCAUAACUCGACAGAACACCGGUCCUGAGGCGCGGAGGGUCAUAAAGCGCUCUGAUUGGCUGAUACGGCCCCACGCGGGGAGUGAGAGGUCGCGAAGUUUGGGGAAAAUGGCUGCUGAACCCACACGAGAGUGGAGCGAUGAGACACUGAAAGGAGAAGAUGUUCCUAAAAAAGAUCUGAUCAAGUUCAUCCAGGACAACGCCUGUCACUCGUUUCUUGCCGAGCACAAGCUUAUGGGAAAUAUUAAGAAUGUUGCAAAGACUGCAAAGAAGGAACAGCUCAUUGUAGCUUACAACCAGCUCUUCGAAAGUAAGAGGUUUAAAGGCACAGAAGUGGAGCAAGUGACUGAGGACGUGAAAGCUGUAAAAAUUGAUGAUGCGCCCAAAGAAUCAAAGACAGAAGUUGUGGAUGAGGGUCCCCCCAAGUUCACAAAGGCAGUGCUAAAGAAAGGAGACAAGACCAACUUCCCUAAAAAGGGUGAUACAGUAGCAUGUUGGUACACUGGCACACUUGAGGAUGGCACCGUCUUCGACACCAACAUCCCUACAACUGCAAGAAAGAAGAAACAGUCCAAACCACUGUCUUUUAAAGUCGGGUUGGGCAAAGUUAUCAGAGGGUGGGAUGAAGGUCUCCUGACCAUGAGUAAAGGUGAGACUGCACAGUUGGAAAUCGAGUCAGAGUGGGCGUACGGUAAAAAAGGGCUUCCUGAUUCCAAGAUCCCACCAAACGCCAAACUUAUUUUUGAGGUUGAAUUGGUGUCAAUUGAUUAAUGCCUGCACAAAUAUCCAGAAAUGCUCUUCUGUACAUGUCCGCCUGCCGUAUGUACUGAAGUUCAAUGAAAGAUUCUCCUUGGGGAGGUUUGUGAGGUCAUUUUUGUGUUGGCCUUGAUGUUAGCACUACCAUAAGCAUCUUGUUUGCCCAACAGUUUUGCAUGUGUAAGAAGUUAAAAUAAAACAUUGACCCUAAAGA